CUCAGGGAGGCUUGGGCAGCAUUCUAGAGCCUGUGUAUAAAGCUUUCAGACUCUGUAACUGCCCACAUCUUUAAAGAGCAAUAGCCUGUGACGGAAGACUUGUAAGCUGAAGAAGAGGUGACCAAAAACUUCAGUCGUUCCUAUUGAUUCGCAACCUAAGCAAGGUGGCCAGGAUGUCUUAAACUGAAGUGUGGCUGACUUGUUCUCCUCUUGCUUCUGCUAAACCUGUCAUUUACUCCAUCCUUUAUAGUGAUGCUACAGGACAGAGAGGAAUGGAUAAAAACAUUGGUGAGCAACUCAAUAAAGCUUAUGAAGCCUACCGACAGGCAUGCAUGGAUAGAGAUUCUGCAGUAAAAGAACUACAGCAAAAGCAGACUGAAAACUAUGAGCAGAGAAUACGUGAGCAACAGGAACAGCUGUCACUUCAACAAACUAUUAUUGACAAGCUAAAAUCACAAUUACUUCUUGUCAAUUCCAGUCGAGAUAACAGUUACGGCCGUAUUCCCCUGCUUGAAGACAGUGAAGCAAGGAAGAAUAAUUUGACCCCUGAUCAGCCACUUGAUAAAGUAAAAUCAGGAAUACCAAGAGAAAAAGAAUCAAAGGAAAGAAGACAAGAGGUAUCUUCUCCUAGAAAAGGAACUUCACCAAGGAGUUUUGACAGUCCUUUAUUCCAUGAAAGGAGUUACAUAGAGAAGACUUUCUGGGAUCUGAAAGAAGAAUUUCAUAGAAUAUGCAUGCUAGCAAAAGCUCAAAAAGACCACUUAAGCAAACUUAAUGUCUCAGCCACUGCAGCUGGAACACAGUGCUCGGUGCCUAUACAGUGUACGGAUAAAGCAGAUAAACAAGAAGCGCUGUUUGAGCCUCAGGCUAGCGAUGAUAUAAAUAGAAGUGCAUCCUGUCUCACAUCUGUCACACCAAGAGGACUGGGCCGAGAUGAAGAGGACACCUCUUUUGAAUCACUGUCUAAAUUCAAUGUCAAGUUUCCACCAAUGGACAGUGACUCUGCUUUCUUGCAUAGCACUCCAGAAAGACCCAACGUCCUUGGUCCUGCUGCAUCUGAGGCUGUGUGCCAGGAUAAAUUCAAUGUAGACAUCAGAGACGACCUGGGAAACUUUGUUAAAACAGAAGAAACUUUAUUUGAAAUUCAGAGAAUUGACCCCGUAGCCUCAGCUAUACAAAACCUUAAAACAACUGACAAUACAGAAUCCUCAAAACUUGUAAACACUUGUAUCAGGACCACUCUGGAUAGAACUCCGUGUUUGUCACCUGGAGACCAUAAUGCAUUGUAUGUAAAUACAUUACCACUUGAGGACCUGUCUGAUACACCUUUUCCUUCACUUGAUUCCCCAGGAAAAGCUAUCCGAGGACCACAGCAGCCUGUUUGGAAGCCCUUUCCUAAUCAAGACAGUGACUUAUCAUCGGUACUAAGUCGCACAGGCUCAGAACUGCAUAUACCUCGAGUAUGUGAAUUCUGUCACGAAGUUCUCCCACCAUCCAUUACUUCCAUGGGGGAUUUCCUCCGGCAUCUUAAUUCACACUUUAAUUGAGGAGACUUAAGACGCAUUGAAAACAGACAUAUCACUGUUCUAUGUGAUGAUUUGGGAUUUGUAAUACUGUAGAUACUUGAUUGCAAAGUUAGUUCAAGAUCAUUUAUUGAAAAAUCACAGAUAUUUGAAUUUUUUCUAAACUUAUAUUGUAACCCUCCUUUAUUAUCUUUUAAAAGAUCAAAUUGCAAUUGUGUUCAUGUUUACAAUGUUUAUUACCAUAAUUCAAAAUUAUGUAUGAAUUGUAUGACCAUAAUUUAUGUUUGUUUCAACUAUCUAAGCUUAUUGCUUGGAAUCCUAGUUAUAUCUAUUGAAUUUGGUGAUGUCAAAUGUUUCAUUUGUUUUCAUUAAAAUUUUUAAAUUAUU